AUGAAAAUCCCAUUGCUAGCAGUGAGACAACACAAGAUAAGUUGUUUUCUCACAAUCUCUGACCCCAAUGCUCAUUGUGUUUGUAUUGUUCUUCCUGCAGACAGUGAAAACUGCAUGAAAUGUCCUGAUGAUGAAUGGCCAAAUGAGAAGAAGGAUCGGUGUGUUCCAAGAGUGGUGGAAUUUCUCUCCUACACUGAUGAUCCCAUUGUUGGAGUAUUUUCAGCUGUCUCCAUCCUCUGUUGUCUUCUGACUGGUUUAAUAUUGGGGAUAUUUAUACAAUACCAGGACACCCCCAUUGUUAAAGCCAAUAACCGGGACCUGAGCUAUCUUCUCCUGGUCUCCAUCAUGCUGAGCUUCCUCUGUGUCUUCUUGUUCCUCGGCCAUCCAGUAGAUGUGACCUGCAUGCUGCGUGUCACCUCUUUUGGUGUCAUCUUCUCAGUUGCCGUCUCUUCUCUACUUGCCAAAAGUAUCAUGGUGUGUAUUGCUUUUAAAGCCACCAAACCUGGGAGUCCCUGGAGGAAAUGGAUGGGAGCCAAACUGCCCAAUUUUAUUAUUUGUGUCUUCUCAUUGGUCCAAGUCAUAAUCUGUUUCACUUGGUUGUCUAUUUCUCCCCCCUUCCAGGAUCGGGACACUCACUCUUAUCAGGGGAAGAUCAUCCUUCAGUGUAAUGAGGGUUCAGUUAUCGGCUUCUACUCUGUCCUGGGAUAUAUGGGGCUUCUGGCAGCUGUGAGCUUCAUUAUCGCUUUUUUAGCCAGGACAUUACCGGACAGUUUUAAUGAGGCCAAGUACAUCACCUUCAGCAUGCUGGUGUUCUGCAGUGUCUGGAUUGCCAUGAUCCCGGCCUAUCUGAGCACCAGAGGGAAAUACAUGGUGGCUGUGGAGGUUUUUGCUAUAAUAGCAUCAAGUUCUGGACUUCUUGGCUGUAUAUUUUUCCCAAAAUGUUACAUAAUUCUGUUCAGACCUGAUCUGAAUACAAAAAUAGCAAUCCACUAAUAUGUAUGGAGGAACACUGGGUUACCAGUAGUUAUAGCAUUAUCUCUAUUGUUGCAUAUAAUGAGUUUUAUUUUGAAAUAAAAGAAAAGAGUCAGAGUACAGAAUACAACCAGGGUACAUGAGUACCGCACACAGACACAUAGUCAAAACCUGACAAUACGUACUCUGAAAAUAAGCAACUUUUUAUCUUAUAACAAAAGAUAGCACAGGGCACAUCACACCUAGGAUAUUGCCUGCUACUAACUAAUACUAAGAAGAAAAUUAGAGAGAAGGCAAAGAGAGAAAAAAGAGGAAAAAAAAUGGAAAAAAGAGAAAUAUGUAUUGAGAAUGAACACUGCUAUACUGUAUAUGAAUAUUUCAUACUUACCUCUCUGGUGGACGGUGAGUUACAUUUUUGCUCUGGACACUGCUGGCAUCGGACACUUUGGGUUUGUUGGAAAGCUUGUCCCCUGCUGGGUGUAGUAGUUCCUCCCACCAGCCGUUCCAUUAAUACAGAACAAUGUAGUCACUUAGUGAGGAGGAACCACAGUGACCAGAGGAGGACAAAAUAUCCAAAAUAUCCUAAAUUGUCCGAUACCAGAGACACCCAUCACUCUUCCAGAGAGGGAAGAUUUCACUCACCACCUUCCCGGAAGAUAAAUAUCAAACAUGUUCUUUUGUAAGCUGAUGGUAAUGUCAUUUUUUUAUUAUGUCACUUUUAUUAUUUUAUAUG